GUCUGCCUAGGGGUUUUUACUUGCGCAGUUGGAAGAAGAGGAAAGAAAACUUGUAAAUAUGCAGGUCGGCACAGCUCACAGUAUCGACAACCCUAACGAAUCCUGGCUGGAUAGCAAAGGGACAUGGCUAACGUACAUCAUCAUGAUUAUACUUGGCCAUCUAGUUAUUCUUAGUGUGCCGUUUUUCGCUACUUCCACCGCCUGGACUCUGACAAAUACGAUGCAUAAUUUGUGUAUGUUCCUGCUGCUACACUAUGUGAAAGGCACUCCUUUUGAAACGUCGGAUCAAGGCAAGGCAAGACGACUCACACACUGGGAACAGAUUAAUCAAGGAGUACAAUUUACACAGACAAGGAAAUUCUUUACUCUUAUCCCAAUAUUCUUGUUUAUGAUCACAAGUUUCUACACAAAGUAUGAUGGGAUUCACUUCAUCAUCAAUGCGGUCUCCCUUCUUCUGCUUUCUCUGGUGCCAAAGUUUCCUCAGAUGUACAAAGUCAGAUUAUUUGGUCUCAACAAGUAUUAAAAUCAGGUGGAAUUUUUCUACCGGGCUUUAUUAUAUGAUGUGAUGUUUGAUUAGAUUGAGCAUAACCAGAUUAACCUAUGAUUGUAUAUUCUGGCAAAAGAGGUAAAAUGUAUGAGAACCAUUGCAUUAUUUGGAUUGGCCUGUGGUAAUGUAACUUGUAUAGCAAAGCAUAGCUGGUGAUACCUAGGGGGGAGCAGGGUGUGUGCAUCAUAGAAUACUAUCCAUUUUCCAUUAUGAUACCUAAUGCUACCAAAUGAUGUUGUACUCCUCUUAGCAAAGCCAUGUAUGUGUAUGCAAAGUGUGGGACACUAGCUGUUCCAAGGUGGUCAAUCUGAUGUCCAUUAUGAUUAUUCAUUUGGUUUAACUAUUUGAUUCUUUCCAAAAAAGUAAAUCAUCACAAUUGUACUGCUCACUUUCUGCUAAAUUGUCAUGAUUUUGCAACAAAGAAUAUUAUAAACAAAUCACAGAAAGAUUAAAUUUUUAAGACUGAGCAAGAAGCAAAUUGUUCAACAUGUGCACUUUGGGAGAGACUUUCAUAAGUGAAAGCUCAAUGUACUAUGAGGGUAUAUUGUGUUUUAAUUAUGUUUUUUAGUAGUUUUUUUGUAGUGUCUUCUCUUAGUUUCCCACUUCUAUUUAACUAUUGUCUUCAACAAAUUCUAAUUUGAAAUAAGCUUAAUAUCUGCUGACUUUUUAGUGUAUUGUUUCAGUUUAGUAUAACUAUGUUUGACUAGGUAAUCAUUUCAAUUUUAGCUGUGAUUCCACGAAAAGUCAUAUGUUGUUUUUGUGAAGGUGUUGUUAUGAUAAGGGUACUUGUGCACACUGCAAUGUCUAGCAGGUUUAGGCAUGUUAUGACUUGAAGCCAUGGCUCGGUGUGGACUCUCACAAGCUAUCACAACUUCACUCACAUCAAAGACGGUUUAAUGCUGGUCCAUAAAACGAUAUAUCCAUAUCCUUCUGGACUUAAAAAUAAAAGUUGCUGUAUAUUUACGGUGAUGGAAAAGAUGAAAAGAACCCAUCUGCUGUAAUUUUUUUGUUGCUAUAAGGUUUUGGUUGAAUCAAUAAAAAUUAUAAUAUUUUACCAAAA